CUGAGCUGAGCUCCAGAAGGACAGGAAAUGCCUGCACAGGAGGAGGAAACGUCUCUAACCAAUGGAGCCCGAACGAACCUCCCUCGCGCUCCGAAUGACAAGCGCGCAGACCUAUUGGUGACCCCGCGAGCGCGCGUCGCCGGUUAUUGGCUGGAGCAGGGCAGAGAGGAGCGUUUCUCUGAGGGAGAAGUUGGCUGGAGGUGCUGAAGAUGGCGGAUGGAGACAGCGGGAGCGAGCGCGGGGGCCUCCAGCACUUCCAGCGGGAGCAGGAGACCCAGGAGCUGGCGUCCAAGCGCCUGGACAUCCAGAACAAGCGCUUCUACCUGGAUGUCAAGCAGAACGCGAAGGGCCGCUUCAUUAAGAUAGCGGAGGUGGGCGCCGGGGGCUCCAAGAGCCGCCUCACUCUUUCCAUGUCCGUGGCGGCCGAGUUCCGCGACUACUUUGGGGAUUUCAUCGAGCAUUACGCCCAGCUGGGGCCGAGCAGCCCGGAGCAGAUCGCGCAGUCGUCCGCCGGCGAUGACGGAGGCCCGCGGCGGGCGCUGAAGAGCGAGUUCUUGGUACGCGAGAACCGCAAAUACUACCUCGACUUGAAGGAGAACCAGCGCGGGAGGUUCCUGCGCAUCCGCCAGACCGUCAACCGAGGUCCCGGCUUCAGCGUCGGCGGAGGAGGGGCCGGUCCCGGCGGCGGCGUGCAGGCCGGCCAAACCAUCGCGCUGCCGGCGCAGGGCUUGAUCGAGUUCCUACACCCGAUCUCAAAGGGAACCCACCGACAGCGCGGGGAGCACGGGGGACUCAGUGGGGGGCUCGGGGCCGCGGGGGGCUACGGCGAGCUCCCCGAGGGCACGUCCAUCAUGGUGGACUCCAAGAGGUUCUUCUUCGAUGUGGGCUCCAACAAGUACGGCGUGUUCCUGAGGGUCAGCGAGGUCAAGCCCAGUUACAGGAACUCCAUCACCAUCCCCUUCAAAGCCUGGGGGAAGUUCGGGGGAGCCUUCUGCCGCUACGCCGAGGAGAUGAAGGAGAUCCAGGAGAGACACCGGGAUAAGAUGUACGAGAGGAGAGAGGAGUCCGAGGGCGAGGAUGUGGACGACGACUGACCCCAGGAGAUGUGUGAAACAAUAAGUGCAUGAACUGAACUCAAAUAGCCUACUAAAAUAUUCAUCGGACAGAAAAAUAGAUCUGUGAAGUUUCUGUGUGGUGAGGGGUGGGGGGGGGUCGUCUAAGUUUGAAGCCGUGGGGUGAAAGAUGUCUCGUGGGGUUUGAUUUAUUCCUAAUGCUGCCCUGUCCUGUGAAACCAGCAAGUUUAAUUGUCUUAGCUCACAAUUAAACUUUUGUUGCAUCAACACCAAGGCUGCUGAAUUUCAAAAGCAGCACGUAUAAGAUAAAACCAGGCUAUAAGGGUGCAAACAUGUUUUUAGAGGGGGAAGUUUAGUAUAUACAGUAUAUAUAUAUAUAUAUAUAGCGUCACUGGUCUUCAUGGUGUGUUUCCUAUCAAGGCAGCAUGGGACUUUCUAAACGUAUACCAGAAGUUUUGUUCCCAGUUUAUUUUUUCCCUUUUAUAGACUGAUGUUCCCCAAGAUGUUCCCUUUUUUGUUCUCACAUCAACAUGACUUUUAUGGUUUGGCCAAUUUGAUUGAGCAUUGAAAAGUUUUAAAUUCAGAUUUGGAGCAUUUUGACCCCCUGGUUUGGAGUUUGUGUGUCUCGGCUGUUCAUGGCGAGACUUUUUAAAGUCUUUAUUACAUGCAUUAUUGAUGAAAAUGGUUGCUUUGUGCACAUCCUUCCACCGGUGCUAUAAAUUGAUGGUGAUAUAUUUUGGUUUUGGGGUCAACAUACAAAAAGCUUAGUCUUUUUCCGACUUGGGUCCAAGUCCCCUCUGAAUAUUUAAGGACAGAUUGCUUCAAUAGAUGAGUAUAAUAGUUAAUAUAAAGGACAGAGCUUCGUGGGUGAAUGUUUUCACCCCGUCCCCUUUUGCAUUGUCUUUUUUUUUAAUUUAUGUGAGAUUGUUCCUUAUCAGAGAAUACGAAAACAAACCAGCAUAUUUUUGAAUACACAAAGUAAAAAUUAUAUAUAAACUACAGAAUUAUUAAAGCUCAAGAAGCUAAUUUUGUAAAAAAGAGAAAUAAGCUGGGAUUGGAAGACUGUCCAGUGUAUUUGUUUUGUGGAAGAUUAGAUUAGCCUCGUGAAACGUCACCCUCCCAAGCUCCUCCCACAACCUUUUUGAGUUUACAGCCCGCACUUCAUUACGUUUUCUCUUUCUACGCGAUUAAUAUCAAACAUCUUUCCGGUGGUCUCGUGCGUCCAUUUCUGUGCAUGCCCGUCCCGCAUUUGCCUUUUUAUUUAAUUUAUUGCUUUCUCUUGCGUAGUAUCUGCAGCUAUAUUAAUGCAAGAUUUCUAUUUAGCCUUUCACCAAAAAUAUUAUAAAAAUAUGGUCUACUUGGUUAUUUUUAUAAUAUUUUUGAGGGAGAAAGAUUGUUAACGACGUUAAACCCAUUUCAUCCAUGCACUUUAGCAAAAACACAAAAUACGAUAUGCUUGCAUCCACGGCGAAGAAUUGAACAACCUUUUUUAUUAAUUUUUAUUUUUUUUUGGGAGCAACAGUGUUUUGUGAAGCCUCCUUUGACCUAAAUGGCAGCUGUUGAAGUCAUGUGUACUGCUGUGAUCCUUCCUAAAACGCAACGAAAACGAAUUGCAUCCCAUGUUAUGAAAUAUUUUCACACACUCUUAUCUGUUGGCCGCAGAAUUGUUAAUGGAUGCCAAUCUCUGCGCUCAUUCUCUGUACUUCCACGAUUGCAGCAGCUGUUUCUCCUCAACAGCACGCUGACUUAGCAGGCCGACUAUUUUAAUGCGAGAAGCAUGAACAGGGUGAGCAUUCCUGCCCUGGCGGCCGUGGAUUCAGCUGUGCCGUUUGCUCUGUAGUGCGGCGAGGCACAAGGGCCUGAUUGUUGAGUCGUUUGCACGCCACUGCAAAUGUUAUUACAUCAGCAGACUGCAUUCUCUGCACGUGAUGAAGCUGUAUAGUGGAGAGAAACCUGUCGUUUGACGUCGUAACAUACAGCAUUGAGUGUUUUCUGUGUAACCUUAAAAAACAGGCCCCGAUUUGGCAGCCAAGCCUAAACGGCAAUAGAAAGCGUGACACAGCAGCUGUUGGCAGGACAUUCUUGCGUUUCCCCCCGCCUGCUCCCCUCCUAAGCUGCUGUUCGGGUUGCUCUGCUAAACUGAGCAUUUGUAGACGGGAGGCACCAUUCGGGACUCGAGGGGGGCUGAGUUGGCUUUAUAACACGACUCGCUGCUCGCUUUAGGUUUUUAAGUUUUUAGUACAUUGUACUUUUAGUACUGGCGUGUCUAAAUCAGCAGCGUUUGUGCAUUCAUUUUGAUUGUAUGACCCAUCAGUACUAAUAGUGAAGUGAAUGUGUCAUGUGGAAAAACUGAGACUAAUUGUUUCAGACAUGCAAAUCACAACAACAAAAAGCCAUUCGAAAGCAUUUUUUCUUCACUUUGAGAGAUGCAUUAAAACCCUCUAGGCUGCUAAACUUCAAAGUGGAGUUGAAUAUCGCAGCACUUUUUUCAUUCGUUUAAAAUACGGAAUCGGGCACAAAUCUCUUGCAGAACACCGGAAAUGGACUUUCUUUCGAUUGAACUUGCCUGUGUUUAUUUCAGAUGUAUUAUAUAUAAAUAUAUAUGUGAGAAUAUGUGCUGUAAAAGUUUGUGUUUGGUUUCCACCUUAUUGUCACUAAACAGAAAAACAAAAAGGGACAGGAAGCAAUACUCAUCCAGAGGGAUGGGAUUAUGAGUUCAUUUCCUGUCAGGCUCUUUGCCGACUCUCACAAUUGGCUGAUUUGUCUUCCUGUUUCCUGAGGUUGGGAUUUGUGUAAAGUUGUGUGGGGCGUCCGCAUACUUUUCGAAUGAACAAUACCUCUGUACCACUGUACGAAAACCUCUGAAAGAAUGUUCUGUUAUUGCAGGUGACUCACCCGAGCUCUUAACAGCAUCCAUGUGUCAACUACGUUUUCCUGAUCAUACGCACAAGAGCAGCAAUUCAUAGAACAAUCUUUAUCGAAAGGUAGCUAUUUUUCCAAUAUCUUAUGUGUUCAGCAGAGAUUUUAACGUCGGAAUGCCCUCGUCUGGUUUAAACUCAGGUUCUUGGCAUUCUCCGUAUAUAUAUAUUUGCUCGAUUCAUUUUCUAUCUGUUACUUGAUACUGAAGUUACGGAGCUACUGCAGGACACUGUCAAGAGCUCAGGUCUCAGAUACUCAAAGUAUCUCCACCCAUCCCAUCAAGCCCCGCCCCCCACACUAGACUGCCUCUAUCAGAACGGGCAGCCUUCCAUUUUACCCAUGGCUAAACCUUUUUUUUCUUUCGGAGAUUUACAAAUCUAUAUUUAGAAAAUGCUAUGUAUGUUUGUAACAGAAUAAAGGAAACUAUAAGUGAUGGAAAGCAAA